UGUUUUGAUCUCUUUCGACGAACAUAUCGCGGAGUCCUCCUGCCGUAGUAACACGGCUGACGUCAACGUGACUACGUGUCUCUCGUUUCCUUCGGCCACUCAAAUCUUCCUUGUCCAUCCAAAUCCCAUACUUCUUCCCACAUGUCCGUCGUGGAGACACCCGCCAUGCCGCACUUGUCACGCUCUUGAUUACGUUACCAGAGAUAUUCGUUGCGCGGAAAACCGAUAUUCGCAUCUCUGAAAAUCUUUUGCGUUUUCUUCAAAGUCAGAAGCAGCACUAUCCAACGGGAUAUUCACAGACGAGUAGUACAAUUCAAGAAAAUAUUUGAUUUUGCUCGAAGACUUCAUUACUGUAGUCAACUGUACAACUGUACAACUGUAGGAAACGUUACUUUGCGAAAAUUUACAGAGGACUAUCAUUAAGGGAGGAGAGAGAUAGUUCCCACGCUCCCGGCGCAAGGAAUCCACGAGAAUAGAUGAGCAACAUCUCUUCCUCGAAGAGGAAUUCGAAGGUUCACAGGUAUUACAACGUGUGAUUAAGACCUUCCAACAAUCAUGUGGGGCGCUUUAUUGGAACCGUUUUUAUUUUUCUUUAUCCUGAAAUUAUUUGUUGCUAUGGGAAAUACAUAUCCAAUUACUGGUUCAGAACUUUCAAAAAAUAAUAAUAUAAUGACGUCCAUAAAUGAUUCAGCCGCAACAGUUACACCUUACGUAUGUGUUUACAUACCACCGAAUUUAGAUUUUUGUAAAUUCAUCAGUUAUAAAUCCAAAGAAAAUCUCUGGAAUUCAGAGAACAAACUACUGGAAAGUAAAAAGCACAAGUUAAUGGAGAGUAAUAAAAUGUACUUUACAUCACGCCCAUUGACACAUAUUCCAGGAGCAAAAAAAUUUCAAAAUCAUCCCUUUGUAAAAACUAUAAUAUAUGAAAUACAAAGAUGCAUACCGCCGAGAUUGCCAUUUGUUUUACCUUGGUGCACCGAUGAAGAUCUUUCCGAUAAGAAGAGCGAGAUCCGCCGGCUUUAUCCCUUCAUGAUAGAUGGUUUUUCAAAAGCAACGUACGAAUUUCCUAUGUAUGAUUUUUUAAAACAAAGUCGAGUGAUGCCAAAAUCGGCAUAAUUUGACAUACACACAAUGUGUAAAUCGAUGAAUUUAAAUGGUCAUUAACAGAGGUCAUGUCUAAAGCCCGGUGAUGUUAGAUAAAAAGAUAUUCUUAUUCAGUUUUAUUAUUUUAUCAUUUCUAUCGAGAAUCUCGUUGAUAAAUCCACAAUGUCAAAAAGGACAAUAAAAAUAACAGAUGUAAUACAAAAUUUUUAUACAUGUAAGUAUACGUAUAUAAGAAUUGAAGAGUAUAUACA